UUUAGUGCUUUCUUGUGAAACUUUCCUUGUAAUCUACAAAGUUAUUCUUGCAACUUUUGUGGGGUUUUUUUUUUAAAUUUCUUUCCAGCAAAAGGAUGGUGUUCAAAUUAGACAGUGAUGGAUACCAGCCAACCAGGUUCAUUUGAGGCGGCUUCAGAAACGAAGUCCAGCUCUCCAGUUACCAAUGAGCUUAGGAUUGUCCUGGUGGGGAAGACAGGAUCAGGGAAGAGUGCAACUGGAAAUACCAUCCUGGGGCGAAGUGCGUUCUGGACAGAGGAAAUGUCUCUCUCAUCUGUGACAGUUCGUUGUGCCGAACAAACAGGCACCUGCAACAACAGAAAUGUCAGUGUCGUUGACACUCCGGGGCUCUUUGACACAACCAUGAUGGAGGAACAGGUGAAGAAUGAAAUACAGAAAUGUAUCGAACUAUCUGUCCCAGGACCUCAUGCAUUCCUGCUAGUAAUCAGCCUUGACACCAGAUUUACAGAGGAAGAGCGGAAUACUGUCAAGUGGAUCAAGGACAACUUCGGUGAGAAAGCAUCCAAGUAUAUACUGGUGCUUUUCACCAGGGGAGACAAGCUUCAGCCUCCGAAUACAGCUGACAACCAUGUAAACAAAUGCCCACCCCUCAAAGGGCUCAUCAGUGACUGCAAUGCGGGUUACCAUGUGUUUAAUAACAAAUGCAUGUAUGAUCGCACUCAGGUUGCAGAGCUGUUCAGAAAAAUAGAUGAGAUGGUGAAAUGGAAUAGAGGACACUACACCUGUGAAUUGUACAAAGAGGCCCAGAAACGGUUGAGGAUGAAUGAGACACGGAAAAAGGUGGGCGAAGGUAUGAAUACUAUAGGGAAUGGACUGCUAUUUGUAGCGGCUGGCGCGGCAGCAGCAACAGCAGCCCCUGCGAUUGGUGGUGUUGCCCUUGUUGCAGAGGAAGCGGUGACAGUGACAACCGUUUUAGCCACGGCCCUAGGUGGAACUAUUUCUAAAGUUUUUGGGAGGUGGGUGAAUCCUAAGAAGGAGGAAAAGCCAAGUCAAUGACGCUUUAAUCAGAAUCUGGACAUACAUUUCUUUAUCAGUUAAUUUAACCAUUGCAUUAUACAAAUACCUAUUUGGUCUCAAUUUCUUUUUUCCCCUGUCAGACGUAUAUGUGUUCAAUGUACUCUGAACAAUAAUCAGUCUGUAUAAUGCUGAUAUUGUAUAAGAUUCCUCAAAAAUCUUAUUUGCUUUGAUGAACAUCGCCAGUUUCAUUUUCAUUUUUACGAAUAAAAUAUUUAGCCUUUGAAAAAUGAACUGAGCCUCACAUAUACAAUAAUGCUGAAAUUAAAUU